AUAUGCCACCAGUUAAUUGCGAUUCGGGAUUGAUUAUAGCUUGGCAAAAAUGAAACUUUUGGCAAGCUUCCUCGCGGUUGCCUUUGCCACUUUGGUAUCGGCUCAAUUCGAUACCCAUCAGUGGGCCGACCGUAGCGGUAUUGUACAUCUAUUCGAGUGGAGAUGGAACGACAUUGCUGACGAGUGCGAGCGUUUCUUGGCUCCACGUGGAUACGCCGGUGUUCAGGUUUCGCCGCCAACAGAAAACGUCAUCAUAUCUGGACGACCAUGGUGGGAGCGUUAUCAGCCAGCUUCCUACCAUCUGAAUACUCGUUCCGGCAGUGAAGCUGAGUUUGCCAGCAUGGUCCGCCGUUGUAACAACGUUGGAGUCCGAAUUUACGUGGAUAUUGUCAUCAAUCAUAUGGCUGCCGUCUCUGGACAGGGAACCGGAGGUUCUCAGGUCAAUGGAUUGAAUUUCCCGGCUGUUCCGUACGGUGCAAACGAUUUCAACCCACACUGUGAAAUCUACAACUACAAUGAUCCUAACCAGGUGAGAAACUGUUGGUUGGUUGGAUUGCCAGACUUGGCUCUUGGAACCCAGUGGGUGCGCGAUAGGGUCGUUGAUUUGAUGAACAAAUGCAUUGGCUACGGUAUUGCUGGAUUCCGUGUGGAUGCAGUUAAGCACAUGUGGCCCGGAGAUCUGGAACACAUCUUCAACCGUCUUAACAAUUUGAAUACCGAUCACGGAUUCCCAGGUGGUGCUAGACCUUUCAUUACUCAGGAAGUUAUUGAUUUGGGAGGUGAAGCAAUCUCCAAGUACGAAUAUACUCAUCUUGGAACAGUUACCGAAUUCCGUUAUUCUGCUGAAAUUGGUCGCGUUUUCCACGGCCGCGAUCGUUUGGCUCAUCUCUCAAACUGGGGAGAAGAAUGGGGAUUCCUUCCAUCCCAUUUGGGUCUGGCAUUCGUUGACAAUCAUGAUAACCAACGUGGUCACGGAGCAGGUGGUGACAAUGUGCUCACGCAUAAACUGCCAAAGAACUACAAAAUGGCUAGUGCCUUCAUGUUGGCUCACCCGUACGGAAUCAUUCGAGUGAUGAGUUCAUUCUUCUUCAACGAUGGUGAUCAAGGACCACCACAAGACGGAAAUGGUAACCUAGUUCCUCCAUCGAUCAACGCUGAUAACAGCUGUGGAAAUGGAUGGGCAUGUGAACACCGCUGGCGACAGAUCUAUAACAUGGUUGGAUUCCGAAAUACCGUCCGAGGUACUGGAUUGAACGAUUGGUGGUCGAACGGAAACCAGCAGAUUGCUUUCUGUCGUGGAGGAAGUGGAUUCGUUGCAUUCAACUUGGAAGGCUAUGACAUGAAUCAGAACCUGCAGACAUGUCUCCCAGCCGGUACUUAUUGUGAUGUCAUUUCUGGUAGCAAGGAAGGAGGAAGCUGCACUGGCGCAACUGUGCAAGUCGGAGGAGAUGGUCGUGCCAAUAUCUAUAUUUCGGCUCAAAGUGAUGAUGGCGUUGUGGCCAUCCAUGCUAACUCUAGACUGUAAGCUGUUUUGUAUAAAUAAAAACUGAAAAAAAUGUAAAA